AAGCAACCCGAAAGUUUAGUGCCAUUUGGUAAACGUCUGUUGUGAAAACCGUCUGUAUUAGAAAAUAUAGGAAAAUUUGGGAAAUAGGAGUUAGCGGAUAUUUCUUUACUGUGCUGACAAAAUGGACGAGCGACCAAGUAUUUGCGACGUUUGCGGCCUGGCGAAGUCAGACGAUGAGUCGAGCCUCUCGGAGGAGGAGAACCAGAGCGAGCCCGACACCCAGAGCGAGCCAGACAACCAGAGCGAGGCAGAAAACCAGAGCGAGCCAGACGACCAGAGCGAGGAGGAGAACAAAGAAGUAGACGAGAAGGAACAGUUCCAGAACGAGUGUCGUCAGCUGUGGCUCACGCUCAACCGCAAUGGGCUCGAGCUCAAGAAAAUGACAGCGACUCAGCAGAAGCUUGAAAAGGACUUGGAGAGUGUUGAGCGCCUCACCGAGAUGGGUCGCUUUAUCAAAGACCGCUUAGAGCAGGAAUCGCACAACAACAUUUAGCUGCAGCCACAACAGCAGCAGCAGCAGCAGCAGCAGCACAUACACAAGCACAUUUAAAGGGGGGAAUGUAACAGUAUUAACAACUCAAAGAAAAUACUAUAAUUUGUAUUGUUUAAACGUACACUACACGCGACACUAGCCGAAGGGGGAAAUGCAUUUUAGAUUGAAGUUUGUAAUUAAAUUCAAAGUGUGGGAAAAUAGCCAAAUAAUUGCAAUGCAA